UGACAUAUCACCUUUAUCCAAUGGUGGUUCCUCUCCCGAUAUGGCGAACAUGCUCCUACUGAGGUCUGGUGACGUGGAACCAAACCCGGGUCCAAAUACCAAGCUUGGGGAUCUAAGUGAGCAUGAAUUGUAUCUCCUUGCUGACGGUAUGGAUCCAUCAGACCUUCGGAAGGUCGGACUAGCUCUAGAAUUCACUGAAGCUCAAAUAAGUAGAUUCAAGGAAGACAACACUGGAAACAUAAUGCUAGCUACGUACAAGAUGCUUUGCGAAUGGCUCAAAACAGUUCGGCAGGAAGAAGCGAGGAAAAUAUUGUCCACCAAGUUACAAGACAUACAUCUGGUACAGCUGGCAAACAGUGUUCUAAAAGGCCAGGCCGGUGAUCACAUACCAUCACUGACAGAAGAGGAAAUCCAACGGGUCAUCAAAGAGGUCAAAGAAUAUUCUGCCCUUCAUCACUGUCAGAUUCCAGCAGAUCCACUGAACAGCAGUCUUCUAUUUCAAUUAGAUCAGAUCUUCACCAAUUUAACGUUGAUAGAAGAAGGCCGAGGAACAACCCGAAAGGCACCGCUACUCUACGCAGACCUGCUCAAGACUAAAGUCAACGGAGUCCUUCCUAAACGUUUGUUGGUUGAAGGUGAAGGUGGUGUGGGGAAGACAACUCUUUGCUCGAAGAUUGUUUGGGACUGGAUUCAUGGAGCUGGCUACCAAGAUUUCAAACUGGUUCUUCUCGUCCUUCUACGUGAUUUAGAGGGUAAGACUCUUGGAGAGAUAAUAAAGUCUUACCUCCCAGACGACAAUAUGGUUACAGCCAUGCAGCUAAACAAGUACGUCUUCUCACAUCAGAAAGACGUCUUUCUUGUUCUUGACGGUCUAGAUGAGCUAGCUGGCGAUCUUAACAGCUCUCAUCAAAUCGCCCUUAUCAUCCUCAAUCAGCUGUUCAAGUCAGGGAGAGUGCUAAUCACAUCUAGAAGAUGGCGAUCAGAUGAGAUACGGAUAAAUUCGGAUCUUAGAAAGGUGUAUGCUUUCAUUGCCGUCGAAGGCUUUUCUGCUGACAACUUGUCUUCCUACAUCGCUAAGUUCUUUCAUCCAGACACAACAUCAGCUGAGGACUUGAAUCGAUUUAUUUCAAACAACAGUGUGAUCAGAGAGAACAUGGCUCCCUUCCCGAUAUACACAGUUAUGCUCUGCAUCAUGUGGAAAGACUUCGACGGCAAACGCCGUGAAGCAAUGUCCAAGCUUCAAACAUUUUCCCAACUGUUUGAUGAGAUGAUCCACUUCUUAGUAGAUCAUUAUCUUUCCAAGCUCAAUAUGUCUGCUCGUAAUAUUGAUGGAGAAAUGGAUAGGAAACGGAAGGACAUUCUACGUCAUCUAUCCAAUAUCGGUUGCCUAGCCUUGCAGGGGCUCCAUGAAAGGAGACUGGUGUUCACUGAAGAAGAAUUUCAGAGAUUGCCGGGUUCUGUGGAUACAGGUUGCCAAGUUGGAGUACUCACUAAACAAACGCAAACUCCCUCUCGGAGAGACAGAAGACACCAUUCUCAUUCUGCAGUCUCAUCUGUCCAGUUCCCUCAUAAGCUGUUUCAGGAGUAUCUAUCAGGGAUGUAUCUGGCAUCUCUUCACAACUCAAACAGAAGUGAGUACGACGGGUUGAUGAAGGAUAUAAUUGAAAAAGCAAGUGAAUUCCGUGAGCUUCUGUACUUCACCUCAGCCCAACAGAAGGAGGUCGGAUUGGAUAUCAUAACUCGUCUCAUAGCAUCAAUGACAACGCAAUAUAGGCAUAUCGAUGAUGACUACAUUGUUGAUGCAGCAUAUGAGAGUCAAGACCAAACAGUGGCUAAAGCUGUAGCAGAUCAUCUAUCGACUUCAUCCAGCAAGACACUUGUGAUCGGGGAGAAGAAUAUACCGGCGCACACAGUAGCGGGACAUAUCUUCAUCAUGAAUCAUCGCAAUGUGGACCUGGCUGACUUUAUGUGCUCCUCAUCUACUCUGAGAUCAGCAUGGAUCGCUAUCUCUGCAGGCGGAGUAGAGGAUAUGCAUGAAAAUUUAUCCGAGGUGCUUGCUGAUAACGCCACUCAUUCGAAAAUUGAGCAUCUUGAGAUAAAGUACAUUGAUCUCAGUCAACGUCUGUCUGCAUCACGUGAUCUCGCUGAGUUCAUUUGUAAGAUGCCUAAUCUCAGGGAACUCCGUCUCGGUGAUAAAUAUGGAAACACCAGUCCCUCACUUCAUGAAGAAUUCUAUUCAACGUUGUCAUCAUUAGCACCAUCUGCAAAGAUUGAGCAUCUUGAGAUAAAGUACAUUGAUCUCAGUCAACGUCUGUCUGCAUCACGUGAUCUCGCUGAGUUCAUUUGUAAGAUGCCUAAUCUCAGGGAACUCCGUCUCGGUGAUAAAUAUGGAAACACCAGUCCCUCACUUCAUGAAGAAUUCUAUUCAACGUUGUCAUCAUUAGCACCAUCUGCAAAGAUUGAGCAUCUUGAGGUAAAGUACAUUGAUCUCAGUCAACGUCUGUCUGCAUCACGUGAUCUCGCAGAGUUCAUUUGUAAGAUGCCUAAUCUCAGGGAACUCCAUCUCGGUGAAUAUGGAAACACCAGUCCCUCACUUCAUGAAGAAUUCUAUUCAACGUUGUCAUUAUUAGCACCAUCUGCAAAGAGAUAA